GGGUUACACUGAGUACACUGUACUUUCCCAUAGCUUUCUCUGACUGACACGGAAGGUGGAAUCCAGUUGCAUUUUUUCUUUUCUUGAGUGGGAUAAUUUAGGAAUCUUGCCAAUAUGUGACAGAUGCAAUUGAACGCUGACCGAGAAAAGUAGCAAUUACUGAACGUCGCAGAGAGAAAACUUUACUUUGAAAAAGGACAGCACACAACGAUCCAAAUGGCUGAACAGCACUCCGAACUGGAAAAGGCCAUCAACACUUUGGUCACAAAGUUCCAUGCCGCUGCGGCCAAUAACGGUCCCACGCUCCAAACCAAAGAGUUCAAAAACCUCCUCGCCUCCCAGCUGCCCAACUUAGUCAAGACUGGAGGCUCAGAGCAGGGCAUGGGCGAGGUGAUGAGACAGAUGGGUGUGUCGGACGGCGAGGGAAUCACCUUCAAACACUUCUGGGGCUUGAUCCAGUCACUGGCCACCACGCAGCAUGGUCUCAUUAGUAAGAAAGUGUCCAAGAGCAGCUGUGUGCUCCUGUAAGGUCCAUGCCUUCUGACGGUGGUGUGAGCCGGGGGGAACCAGACAGCCUCAUAGUAUCCCACCCAGUGUCAGUACCCCUUCUCACCGCACUGCGCCCAUCCAGAUCUGGACACUCACAUAGUACUCACCCCCCCCCCCCCCCCCC